AUGGAUCGACAAGAUAUAAUAGUUAGCAAGAGGGAACCAGUCAAACCAGGAGACGUCCGCUCACCAAGAGCAGUUUUCACAUGCGACACUCCUAAUAUUCCGAGGAAGGCAUCACUGAAUAUGAGCUGCCCAGAUGACAGCUUCUUGAAUGCGGAGGUGAGCAGGCCAGAAAGAUCUUUAGUGCCAGAGCGACUGAAUGAGCAGCCGUCUGAUGAAGAAGUCGUGAAGGCUACUGUUGAUCGACUGACAGGGAAGAAGAGGGAACCAGUCAAACCAGGAGACGUCCGCUCACCAAGAGCAGUUUUCACAUGCGACACUCCAAAUAUUCCGAGAAAGGCAUCACUGAAUAUGAGCUGCCCAGAUGACAGCUUGUCGAAUUCGGAGGUGAGCAGGCCAGAAAGAUCUUUAGUGCCAGAGCGACUGAAUGAGCAGCCGUCUGAUGAAGAAGUCGUGAAGGCUACUGUUGAUCGACUGACAGGGAAGGUUGUUACCCCAGAAGAUGCUGCCAUGAAAUAA